ACAUUUUUAUGGUAUCAUGUUUGUUAUACUACUAAAAUGUCAAGCCAUUAUAUUGUGUAUGGGCUCUACCCUAGAUGCUAUAGGAGUGUGACAACCUUUCUUAUGUUUUCAGUAAACACCAUAACAUCCACAGGUUAAUGAUGGAAGUUGAAAGCAAUCCACAGAAUCCUUUCUGUCGCUGAAGCCAAUGAAAUCUGUUAAAGUGUUUGCUGGAAACAGGAUAUAUUAAAAAAGAUAUUUUAUUGACACCUUGGAAACAGGUGAUCUCAAGGAAGAACCCGCUAUUGGAACCCUGGAAACUGGUGAUCUCGUAAAUGAUCUAGUUAUUGGAAGCAAUUGUGGUCCAACAAGGCAGUUUCAUAUAUGUAGUGAGUGCAUGAAAACAUUUUCUAAAUCAGAUGACUUGGAAAAAAAUAAUCUCUAUCAAAGCGGAGCCUUAUCAACAUGUUGAAUAUUGGAAAACAUUCACACUAUCAGCUACUGUUUGGAAACGUGUAAAAACAUUUUCACAAUCAGAUAAUCUGCAGGCACAUAUAAAAUUCUCUAUCAUGGCGGAGCCAUAUCAGAAUAAUUGCACAGAUCGAUGCUCAUGCUGUUGAUCACUGGAUUGUCUGGUCCAGACUCGAUUAUUUACAGACCGCCUAAAUAUCAGCAUGUUGAAUGUAAGAGAACAUUCACACUAUCAGCUAAUCCUGGCAAACAUGUGGAAAACCAUUUUCACAAUCAGAUACUCUGCAAACACACAUCAGUAUUCACUGUGGAACCAACCCUUACCAAUGUGUUGAAUGUGGGAAGAAAUUACACUAUCAGAUACUCAGGAACCACAUGAGGAGUCACAGUGGAAUCAAAUCUCACCAGUGCAUUGUGUGUGAGAAAACAUUUCCACAAUCAGGUAGCCUGCAGAAUCACAUGAAGAUUCCCAGUGGAAUCACAGGUCAGCUAAUCUUGGGAAAUAUGAGGAGAAAUAUUUUCACAAUCAGAUAAUCUGCUGACACUGUGACACUGUGGAAUCCACCCAUACUCAUGUGUUGAAUGUGUAGAAAAACUCACAAUCAGGGACUCUGUAUAAUCACAUGAGGAUUUACAGUGGAAUCAAGCCUCAUCAGUGCAAUAUGUUUGAAAUACCAUCUACACAAUCAGAUCACCUGCAGAAUCACAUGAGGAUUCACAGUGGAAUCAAGACUCAUUGCUGCAUUGUGUGUGAGAAAACAUUUACAAAAUCAAGUGACCUGCAGAAUCACAUGAGGGUUCACAGUGGAAUCAAGCCUCAUCGCUGCAUUGUGUGUGAGAAAACAUUUACACAAUCAGGUCACCUACAGAGACACAUGAGGAUUCACACAGGAAUUAAGCCUUAUGAAUGUGUUGAAUGUGGGAAAAAAUUUACAAAUUCAAGUAAUCUGCAGACACACAUGAGGAUUCACAGUGGAAUCAAGCCUCAUCGCUGCAUUGUUUGUGAGAAAACAUUUACACGAUCAGGUAGCCUGCAGAUACACAUGAGUAUUCACACAGGAAUUAAGCCUUAUGAAUGUGCUGAAUGUGGGAAAACAUUUACACACUCUAAAUAUCUGCAGGCACACAUGAGGAUUCACAGUAGAAUCAAACUUUAUGAAUGUAUCGAAUGCUUGAAAAUUUUUACAGAAUCAAGUCAACUGCAGACACACAUGAGGAUCCACACAAGAAUCAAGUCUCAUGAAUGUAUCGAAUGCUUGAAAAAAUUUACACGUUCAGGUGAUCUGAAGACACACAUGAAGAUUCACACAGGAAUCAAGCCCUAUGAAUGUAAUGUAUGCUUGAAAAAAUUUGCACGAUCAGAUAACCUGCAGAGACACAUGAGGAUUCACAGUGGAAUCAAGCCUUAUGAAUGUAUCAAAUGCUUGAAAAAAUUUACAGAAUCAAGUCAACUGCAGACACACAUGAGGAUUCACACAGGAAUCAAGCCUUAUGAAUGUAUCGAAUGCUUGAAAAAAUUUACACGUUCAGGCGAUCUGAAGGUACACAUGAGGAUUCACAGUGGAAUCAAGCUCUAUGAAUGUAUUGAAUGCUUGAAAAAAUUUACACGAUCGAGUAACCUGCAGAAACACAUGAAGAUUCACAGUGGAAUGAAGCCUCAUGAAUGUGUUGAAUGUGGGAGAAAGUUUACACGUUCAAGUGACCUUGAAGAACACAUGAGAAUUCACAGUGGAAUUAAGCCUUAUGGAUGAGUUGAACAUGGGAACAAAUUUACAAAGACAUACACGUGACGAUUCACAGUGGAAUCAAGCCUCAUCAGUGCAUUGUGUGUGAGAAAACAUUUACACAAUCAGGUAAUCUUCAGAAACACAUGAGGAUUCACAGUGGAAUCAAGCCCCAUGAGUGGAUUGUGUGUGAGAAAACAUUCACACAGGAAUCAGACCUUAUCAAUGUAUUGAAAGUUUGAGGAAAUUUACAAAAUCAAGUAGCCUGCUGAAUCACAUUCCUGCUUGAAUGUGGGGGAAAAAUACGGAAUCAGUUCAUCUACACGCACACGAGAGGAUUCACAAAGGCCUUUAGAUUGUGUUGGAUGUGUGACAAAUGUCAUGUACUCUACAGAAUAACAUGCAGAUUCACUUUUCAAUCAAUCUGUGGACACUAUCACCGUGUUUGGUUUAGAAAAGGAUGUACACCUGCAAACUCCCUGCAGAAAUGCGAAAGGAUUCAAACUAGAAUCCCGUCUGAUUAUUCUGAAUAUCAGUAUUGUGAUGGAACUUUUAACUUUCUUUUCUGGAAUGUGAAUGGUAUAAAAUCCAAAAUGUAUGACAAUGACUUUUUCAAUUAUUUACGCCAUUUCAAAAUUGUAUGUCUUGUAGAAACAUUUGUUGGCAAUAUUUCCGAUGUUGAUUGGUAACAUGACUAUGAUAUCUUUUAUAGCGCAGCAGUAAAAU